AUGUCUCACAGCUUGAGCUGGAUUAAUCUGAUCGAAUCAUCGGUCCAGCUUGGAAGGAGAUGACCCUUCUCGCUUCGCUUUCCUGAUUUCUUUGUCCGGUCCUCUCAUCCGGGCUCCCGCCGUGUGUCUGACGUAUGGAUUAUGGAUUGCCAAGGUAACGGCGACUUAAUGUGUCCGGAUAUAAAACGUUGGUCAAGGAUCCCAUCGGUAUGGCACAGUGCGUUGCCCAGCCUGGAUUGUAAGUCCAUGAGUCUGUCCUCAGCCAUUAGUACGAUUGCCCUCUACGCGUCGGUGACCUCGUACGGCAUAGUAGUAGUAGUAGUAGUAGUAGUAGUAGUAGUAGUAGUAGUAGUAGUUUCAUCCAGUCGGUCUCAGAGACCGAGUAUUGGCCGACACGAUCGCCCUGGAUUUGGGCGACAAGGCAUGCAGCCAUGCGUGCCCAACAUCCUCGAGGAGCAAUGGCAUUCAGGCCGGGAUUUUGAAGCUCCCCACACUGGACACUUCGAUUUUAGGCCGCCAUCCGUCUUGGAUCAUGGUGCCCGCCCGCGAUCCACUCUUCAAUAUAUUCCCAGCUUGUCUGUGGCGGCGGGAACUGCGACCGUCGCUCGGGCGUAUCUGGCCGUGGGCGUCGAUUGGCAAAGAUCCUCCAGAAUCGGGACGAUCAGUGGAAGGGUGACCAGUUGCCCCACUCACAGCUCGGUAUUGAAUCGCACGGUACGGAGUACGGGAGUAGUAUACUGUUCAUACAAAGUAUCCGCUGAUGGGAAGAAAGAUCCUGGACGAUGAAUGGGGCAAUCGCAAGGCGGAAUUGGGGGGGAGGGGAAGGGGAAGGGGGAACGAAGAUCGUGUCGAGGUUUAGAAGUAAGGGAAAUGCGUUUCUUGUAGGAGACCACCG